GGGAAAAAAGAAGAAUGGCAAAGGAGGAAAGGAAGGAAGGAGGAAAAAGGAAAAACACGGGAAGAGAGGAUGGAUGGAAGGAAGAAAGGAAGGACGGAAGAUGAGUAAAGAUGAAAGGGAGGAAGGAACAAAGGACGAACAAGACAAAACAAGGAAGGAAAGGACAGAAGAGGAAGGAUGAAGAUGGAAAAAGAAUGGAAUAAGAACCAAGUAAGGGAGGUAAGAAGAAGGGAUGAAGAAAGAAAGAAAGGAAGUUAGGAAGAAAGAAGGGAUGAAGAUGAGUAGAGGAAGAGGAAGGAUGGAACGAGUCAGAUAAAGAGCUCACAUCCAUCAUGAGAUCAGAGAGAAGCUGAUGACGUUGCAGCUGAACCUGUCGGAGGAGCUUCUCACUCACCUCAUCUCUCCAGAGGGAAGGAGACGACAGGUAAAGGCCACUGAUGGGCUCUAUGUUGUCUUAGAUGAGUUUGUCCAGUGAUCGCUCAGGUCAAAGGUCAAAGGAGCUGACAGCGGACGACGACACUCGGCAGGGUAAAGGUGCAGCUGCUGCCCGGCGCCCCCUGCAGGCCAAAUGUGGCGUCUGUAAAUGAUAAAGUGACGUGUUUGUGUCAGGGUGAUGGGCCGCCGGGCAGCGUCUGAUAAAAGGCCCCCCACCUACCUGCUGUGGCACCUCGUGUCCCUCGUGUUUGAUCUGAGUCUCACUCAGUGAUUUGUGAAGUUGGUGAAUACGGCGGUUUCAAGACUGCUACUGAUUCUGACUCUGCCCUGAUAGUCCAGUGGUGAAGGAGCUGAAGUCACGAAACCUGGUGUCUGUUGUUGAAUCGUGGUUGUAGAUGAGGCAAAGCAUAACUCCAACCGUUUUGGAUUUCUGGAGAGAACGCAGAUUCGGGGGGAAGCUGACCGACAGCAGCAGAUCAUGUGUGAGAUGUUGAAAUGAGUCUGAGUGGAUAAUAAACUUAAGACUGAAGUUCAACAUCAUGACUCAAACUGAGUCACGAUGUUUCCAGCCUACGGGAACAAGUUUGUUGCAAAUGUGAACACGCUGAGCUUCAGACUGCACCUCCACCUGGAUGAAUCAUCCUGAUGCAGCAAGCGAACAACCUUCCAAAUCCCUCUGAAUCCUCCACGCUGGACCUUUAAAUCCCACGGCAGAAACUAGGUGACUGCAGAGCAGCGACCAUGCAGCCAUCUUAUUGGGGUCGAUAUGUGUCAACAUAUAAAUCAUUCCACAACCAGAAACCAUGGAUCACCAGAACCAUCUGGAAACAUGGACGAUUAAACAGCAGCAGCAACGAUCAACAAGCUGAAAACACAGCACACACUGAAUAGGACCGUCUGCACUUUGUCUCAUGGCUGCAGAUGCAACCUUCAUCAACAAGAGGACAUCAGUCCAGAUCCAUUUUUCUCCUUUUCCAGAAGACAGAAAAGCAUCCCGCACAACCGAGGAAGAGUGCACGCACUCAACAAAACAGCUCCUGGAUGAAUGACACUUGUUUGUGAAAUAACAUUCCUCUUAUCAGCCUGGAAGCCGUGAGACAGAGUGUGUGACUGUAAAAUGGAGCUGCCGGCUGAACACAUAUGACCAGACAUGGAGGUCGUCAACACCACACAGGACAAGCUCCUCCUCCCGCCCCUGCCGGACUAUGACCUGAAUGCUGGCAGCGCUAACCCGCCGGUGUUGCCUCCGCUGGUGUUAGAGGGAGUGAAUUUUCCAGAGGACCCCAUUAAACUGCUGAGUGUGCAGGUGGUGUUGAUCUUGGCCUACAGCACCAUCAUCGUGCUGGGCGUUCUGGGGAAUUCUCUGGUCAUCUACGUCAUCUACCGCUUCAAGACGCUCCGAACUGUCACCAACUUCUUCAUCGCCAACCUGGCUGUUGCCGACCUGCUGGUGAACACGCUGUGCCUCCCCUUCACCCUCGUCUACACUCUGCAGGGAGAGUGGAAGUUCGGCAGCACCCUCUGCUUCCUGCUGCCCUACGCCCAGGGGCUCGCCGUGCACGUUUCCACUGUGACACUCAACGUCAUCGCCCUGGAUCGCCACAGGUGUAUCGUGUACCACCUAGAAACCAGGAUGCGUAAGGACGUGUGUUUUGGGGUGAUCGCUUUGACCUGGGUGCUGAGCGCCGUGCUCGCCAGCCCUCUGGCCAUCUUCAGAGAGUACGGCUCCUUCACCCUGGAACCUGGACACACCAUACAGGUGUGCACGGAGAAGUGGCCCGGUAAAAACACAGACGGGACCGUCUACAGCAUCUCCAUGUUGAUCCUGCAGUACUUCCUGCCGCUGUCCAUCAUCUCCUUUGCCUACGCCCGCAUCUGGUCCAAACUGCGCGGCCACGUAAGCCCAGCAGAGAGCGGCGGCAGCAGCAGCGCCGGCUCUGAGCGCCACCGCCGGCGCCGCAAAACCACCAAGAUGCUGGUGACCAUGGUGGUGGUGUUCGCUGUCAGCUGGCUGCCCUUCCACGCCUUCCAGCUGGCCACGGACAUCGACAGCACGGUGCUGGACAUGCGCGACUUCCGCCUGCUCUACACCAUCUUCCACGUGGUCGCCAUGUGCUCCACCUUCGCCAACCCGCUGCUGUAUGGCUGGAUGAACCGCAACUACCGGGCAGCCUUCCUUGCCGUCUUCAAGUGUCGCAGGGGAGGGGAGAGGGGGAGGAGUGGCCGGUUGGACAGCAUUCACCCUGUAGGAGGAGGAGGAGGAGGAGGAGGAGGAGGGAGGGCGAAGAAGAUAGUCCUGGAGACUCAGGAUGUGGUGUCCACCCACCUGAACGCCACUGAUGUGUGAGCGCCUGAGGGAGGUGGAAACGAAGAGGAUGAUGGAGGAGGGAUGACAGGAAAAUGAUGGAGAGAUGACGGAGGAAGAGGCGGCAAGGAAAAGAAAAAUCACAGUCAGGAAAUCUUUUGUUCCCCAGAAGACAAUAGACGAGAAAAGAAAACGAGAUUCCACACGGAGACGGAGACAGCGGGGAGAUAAAGAUGUGAGAAAAAAUAGAAACAACAGAGUGAGAGGGAGGCGACGGAGGGAUUGAAGAGUUUUUGGAAGCCCAAAAUAGACGAGGAGGCAGAGACGAGCAGGGAUUAGAGGAAGAAGAAUGACAGGAGAGGAGAAGACAAACUGCUGAAUGACUCAAGGUCUCCUCGACCAAUCGAAGCACCGUCCCUCUGAGGACGUGACCUCAUCACGACAGAGGAUUUGUUCAAGUGACAUUCAGCUUCGCAUGAAGGAUUUGUGACACUGACAAAGUGGUGUUGGAGUGGCUUUGAUUUUCUGAUGACAAAAAUUUUCCGAGACGUUUGAUGGAAAACUUAAGAUUGUUUCCUCGACAGUGACGUAAAAAAAAACAACCUUGGACUUUAAUCUCGUCAAAAUAGGGCUUUACUCCAUCUUCAUUCCACAUGUGAAGCAUUUAGCUCGUACAGUUAAACCCAGAGUGGCUUACAGGGGGUGGGACCAGGACGCGUAAGCAGGUCUGCGGGGAAUGAACCGGUGAAAUAUCUGCAGCAUCAGCGGCUUCCUUUUGCAGCGACGGAUAUGAGGAAUAUGAUUGUCCACGUUCUCUCCGAGGCCUCCGGGGGCCGUGCAAAAACAAAUUUGUCAGGUGAAAGAAAAGCCAAACAAAAAAAAAAAAAAAGUCACGGAUUUUGAAGUGCGAGGGGAGGACGAGGAUGCAUGAUGCAAGCUUUGUGAAAUCUCAAGACAUUGUUAUGUAAUGAAACUGUGUUUAAUGUGGAUUAUCCUGCAAAGAGAGAUGGAUGUAAGAGUGUGACACAGAAAAGGCAGAGGUGGACAUUAUGAGGAAGAGGGGGAAAGAAGGGAGAGAGCACUCAAAACACUGAUGCAUCAACUUUUAGUUUUGUAGAUGAAGGACAGAGAGCAAAGAGUGACAGGAGGGCGGGAGGGACAAAGCAGCGAGAGGAUCAAAGUCAAAUGUGGGAUAAUGAGGAAAAAGAAAAGAAACUUCAAACAAAAAGGCAGCAAUUUAGUGUGAAGUGAGACAAGAGCCUCACUUACAAGUGAACACAUGAAUGUUUGAUAAAACUUAAUUUGGUUCUUGACAGUUCUUUCUGUUGUCGACAGGUGACAUGCUCCCACCUGUCUGUCGGGUUCACAGCAGGGUGAAACCAAAUCACUUUUCAGAGUGUCUCUCUGUGACUUCAGAUACAUUCAUCUGAUUUAGACGAGAAGGGAUUCGUUAAAUUUGGGCGUCUGCACAUUUGGCUGCUCAUUUUGAGUUACGCUUCAAUUAAAGUUCCAUUACAGAGGUUAAUCAGCACGACACAAUAGAUAUGAAGAUCGUUAAAAUAUGAUUAUUCACACUGAAGUAAAUCGAACUUCAGGGACCAACCCAGUCUCCAGAAAAACUGUCGUCAUUAUAUAGUUAUAACUGCAUUUUAAUUUGUGUUACAUUUUACAUUUUAACAACACUGUGUGGUCAGGUUUAGGCUUAAAGGG